UUAACUUUUGCGCAUGUAUGUCCUCAAUCGCGUCAUAUAUUAACUACAUGUUAUCUCAGCACAGAACACUGACAUGAACAAGGGAGGGGCUGCUGCACAACACAUUGACAGAAUGAAUGCAAAGAGCCUAAAGAACACUUCCUGUUGAUGCAAAAAUUGCAGCAACUGUCUGACACAUCUGGACUGGAGAGGGGGGGAGGCCUGGCUGUAAUGUUAACGAACUCCAGAAGGGAAUGGACAACAUUUCAUGCUAAUCUGUAAAACGGCUGCCGGCAAACUGGAGAAACAUAUCCAAGAAAUGGACGACGGCAGCUACAUCGAGUUUGAUGUGCCAGAGUUCAGUAACACUGUUCUGACCCAACUCAAUGAGUUGCGACUGCAAGGGAAGUUGUGUGACAUUAUUGUUCACAUUCAGGGCCAGCCAUUUCGAGCCCACAAGGCUGUUCUGGCAGCUAGUUCACCUUACUUUCGUGACCACUCAGCUCUCAGCACCAUGAGUGGCCUUUCCAUUUCAGUCAUCAAAAGCCCUGAAGUGUUUGAGCAGCUUCUUGCUUUCUGCUACACAGGCCACAUGUCCCUUCAGCUCAAAGAUAUUAUCAGUUUCCUCACUGCGGCCAGCUUUCUACAGAUGCAGGCAAUCAUUGACAAGUGCACCAAAAUCCUGGAGAGCAUCCAUUCCAAGAUCAGCCUCCCAGGUAACAUUUGCAGCCCAGAAAAAGACAGCAUGCAGACAAGUCGCAAUGGGGUUAAUGACAGCAACCUGUUUAUAAACCCUACCCAGAUCUCCCCCCCUUAUUACUCCCGACAAAGUCAGGCAGGACAUGAAGCGAGGUCGGAGUUGGCAGGAAAAGGCCAUGGCCGGGCACGGCAACAGCAAGAGGAGGGCCAGUCGGACCGUGGCAGUAGUGACAGCAUAUCAGAACAUGAUACACCCGUGGAGGGUGAAACAGAACAAGUAGAACUGAUUGGCAAAGAUGGGCAAGUAACAGAUGUGCAUGUGAAGAUAGAAAAGACCGAUAGGCCAACUUACUCAGAUAGUUCUUCGGCUGGUGAUGAUGGCUACCACACAGAGUUGGUGGAUGGAGAACAGGUCUUGGCUGUUAGUGUGGGUUCUUAUGGUCCUGUCAUCCAGUCUGCUGCCUAUUCUUACUCAGGGCUGUCCUCCUCAUGCUUUGUCAACCUUAGCAGUUCCAGUCCUUCCCGUUCCUUGCUCAGUGGCUUCAGAGGUGGACGAGCAAGAGCAAAGCGCCCAGUUGCCAUCCCAGCGGGGGUGCUAGCUCAUGUGAAACCAGGCUCAGAUGAUGGUGAAUCAACUAUGGGGGCCGCUGGCUUGGAGAAUGAUGUGCGAGAGCGUAGCCUGCGGAGCCAGUGGUACCCCUACAAUGAGAGACUCAUUUGCAUCUACUGUGGAAAGACCUUCAAUCAGAAAGGGAGUCUUGAUCGCCACAUGCGGCUGCAUAUGGGAAUUACACCAUUUGUUUGUAAAUUCUGUGGCAAGAAGUAUACAAGGAAAGACCAGCUGGAGUACCAUAUCCGGGGCCACACGGACAACAAGCCCUUCCACUGUCAGAUCUGUGGUAAAUGCUUCCCAUUUCAGGGCACCCUUAAUCAGCACCUGAGGAAGAAGCACAUGGGAGCAUCGGAGAUUAGCAAUCAUAUGGACUCCCCAGAGAGGACGGAUGGAAGCUCAGGUCAGAAGGACCAAGAAGAUGCGUCAGAGGGGAUGGCCUUUGAGGCACAAUAUGCAGAAGAGGCACCGGCCAAUGAUAUGGAGGAGAGUUCAAAAUGCAGUCCAGAAAAGGCUCAAGCAUCUAGAUGUGAUUAUUAAGUUCUGCUUCAGGUUAAGGAAGCUUUAAGAAAUGUUUAUUUCAACUCAAUUUAAAGGACUCACUUCUAUUUGAAUCAGCUCCCUCUGCUAUGGACAUUUCUUGAGUCAAGGGUUUGUCAGUUUUGUGAAAGUUAAAUACAGAAAGACAAUGGGUUCUUAAUAGAAAUUCUUUUAAGUAAAGGGAGUAACAACUUACUAUUUUUGAGGUGGUCCCAAUAAUCAAGACCCCCAAAUGAUUUCUCUUUUUAUCUUUCCAUGUUUUUUAAAACAUAUUUACAGAGUUAUUAUAGGCAUGUUGCAAUAAUUGAUAAUGUGAAAGCUCUGGUAAGAUGCUUGUCAUAUCACCUUUUUACCUGACCUGUUUUUGCACAUGUGGCCACUGGAGGUCACUUACUCACAAGGAAUGAUUUUUCUGCCAGUGCAAAGCUUCGUGUGACAUAUCCGUUCAAUACCUCAUGAUGCAACUACAUACUCAUACAGAUAGUAUUUUAACUUAAAUGAAACUCACCGGGUUCUACCUCAUAGCCAAGAACCUACCAGGCACAGAUGUAUUCACCGUUUGAAAUCUGUUUUUAUGUACAGUAUAUCUUUUUGCCAAACCCUGUACCGAAUAUUCUUUCAACACAAAGCCUUGAUACUUUGGGGAAAUAUUCCUUGCUGAUUGUAUGGAUCAGGGACAAAGUCCUUGUCAAAUGUUUCAUGGUCAGCCAGGUUAAAAUGAUGAUCAAGAAGGUGCUAUGUUAGGAGUGCAUUAUAUUUGCUUAGCUUACUUGUGUGCUUUUUGGCAGAUGUUGAGAUUAGGUUAGGAGAAGGGCCCUGUUAUAUUUUCAAAAUACAAUUUUGCUGUCUUUUAAUAUUUGUUAUAUACAACACUUCAGGAUUUUAUCACACAUCACUACUGGUGUAAUUUCUUGACUGUCCAUCCAGUCAAGAAAUUUAUACUCGUCUACACCCUGAUGGCAGAUUUUUACAGACAUAUUGUAUUUUUACUUGUCUAUCCUGAGAUAGGAUAGGCUUCCAAAGUUAUACUCAGCGUCUGACAGAGAUAGGAGUACUCAUUGCCAACUUAGCACAUAAAGAACAGUCUGAACAAUAUGCAAACAGAAAGAACAACGGAAUCUCAGCCAUUGGGACAUGGUUUUUAUUCCAUUAUUUGAAAAAGCUUCAUGUGUUUCCUUUAUUUCUGUCAUGUUCCGGAUUUGGAACAUUUGUCAAACCUACGUUAUUGCAGCGUCAUAGAUGUGGCAUAAGUGAAUUAAGGUAAAUAUUUUAGAUAGUCAUGAUUCAAAGUUUUCUUGCACUUUGCAGAGUAGGUGUUGGGCUGGGUGCUGCCAGGGUUAUCAUAUUAGCAAAUCUCUAUAUGUCUCAGUUCAGACUCAGCAGGGACAGUUUCAGAGUAGAUCAUGGGGAUCAUGGAUGGCAAGUUUUCAUUAUUUAUAUAUAUAUAUAUAUAUAUAUAUAUAUAUUGAUUUAUUUACAUGGUGAUAUAAAAAUACAUAUUCACUGUAAAAAGGCACUUAGGGAGAAAAUUUGCAAAUGUAAAGCUCUGCAGGGUGGUUCUUUUUGUGCUAUUCUGCUUUUCUAAUUUGCCAUUCAGCUGAAAAAUGCCUUUUUUUUAAGAAUAACUGCUAUGUCCUUUCAUUUUUCUCUUGUUUGGUCCUUGCUGAAUUUGUGUCAAUGAACUAAGAAUUGAUUAUUUUAUAGAGUUCGUAUAAUUUUCUACUUAGUAUGCAUUUGGUGGGAGAAUAUUGUGUGUUGUUGCUUUUGUCUUAACAUUAUGUCCAGAGUGUCUUUUUUUUAUUAUCAUUAUUAUUUUAUUCCUCUGAAUGUGCAGUCAUUAUUUUUCUCAUUAACAGUCAAAUGGCAAACCAAAAUUUGGGGAAUAUUGCAAAAAUCAGUGUAGCUAGCUUUUCUUUAUCUUUGUGUACGAAUUGAUCUCAAACACCACAAACAGUUUGACAGCCGAAAUGUACUAGAAAUUUUUACCAAGUCAAGUUUUCUGUCGGAUGAUGACAUGCAGGUUUGUUAGUUGAUCUGACCUCACAAAUAUCAGUUGCUGACUAAUUUGACCCUGACGAUGUUAGCUCUUGCCCUUCAUUUAGACAAAAAGCAGUAUAUAUAUAUAUAUAUAUAUAUAUAUAUAUAUAUAUAUAUAUAUAUAUAUAUACCGUUUCGUGAAUAAUGAGUCAAAGCUACUUAAAUAAUUUUGUGCCAAGGCAUCACACCAAAGACACAUAGGUGAUAUUUAUAACAGUAGUUUUUGAUUAUACUGAGUAAUAUAUAGGUCAUUAAGAAGCAUAGGUUCUUGAUCAAAUGUAGGACUAGUUUAUUGCUAAUUGCAAAUGAUUGUUUCCCAGCUUAUAACAAUCAGUUGUGUCAAAUUUCACCAGUUUGCUAAGAAGACAUUGAGUAAUAAAGUCAGAAGUUAAGCCAUAAAACAGUUGAUAAUAGAGAAGUUUUACAAUAGGUUUCAUAAAUGUUUAAAGCCUGUGUAAGCAACAAGAGGGAAUCCUUCUGGCAUCUUAAACUUAGUGCCUUGUCACAAGCUUUAUAUUUUAGAUUCUGGCACUUGGAUUCCUCUGUCUCAUUUUAAACUGAUUUCAUGGAGAGAUUAUACACUAAAAGGGCCACAUCAUUCACUGGUUCAAGUGGUGCCAAGAAUGAAUAGAAAAUCAAUUUGUCUUUAUUUUUUGUAUAUUCAGCUUGAGCUCUGUUGUUAAUUUCCACUAAGUUUUUUUUUUUUUUUUUUUUGGCAUGGGAUGGGUGACUGAUUUUAAGGUGUAACUGAUUUUGUAGCAGGUGAUCACAAUCAAAUGAGGCAGACUUGUUUCCUGCAAGCCUGUGCCCCAUGUUCAGAGACUGUUCUCUUGGACAAUCUGAGCAACAUACUGUAGUUUUGGAAGGAGAUACAUGAGAAACACAAUUUUACUUCCUUUCUGUUUUCUUGGAGCAUCUGACAGGAAAACUGAAUAUUUAGCAGAUAAUCAACUGAGUAUUUGUGCAGAUUAAAAAAAAAAGAAAAAGCUUAACCUCAUUUACUGUAGCUAAAUUGCACGUUGCUCAACCAAAAAAUGCAUAAAAUUGAUAAUAGGUGUUUUUUUUAUUGUUUCAUUAAUUGUGCACUUAUUAUUUUUUUUUCUUUCUUGUGUCAAAACUACAUCCCAGUUCCAUCCAGAAAGUCGUCUUUAUGUUCUUAUAUACCUUUUCAGGACACCGUUAGAAUUCCCUCAAUUAUUUUCAUAGAUAGGGACCUUUUUUGCCCAAACGUGGUGCUUAUUAGAGUGGUCAGGUUUCAGUUUUUUUCCCUCAAGUUAAUGAAUUGAGGUUUAAAUGUUUAAAGUUUUUUCUUUUUUAUGAAUUAUAGUUGCUUCUGUGAAAGAACUCAUAGAACCAACUGUACCUAAAAUACACACACAAAUCAACUCUGUCCACGUUUAGUUGUGCCUCUACAAGAGGAACAGGAGAUGCAAUUUGGGCCACAAGUAAUCAAAAGGAAGUGUUUACAAGGAACGCUGUCAGACUACUUUUUGAAAUUGCAGCUUGUCCUUUUAUAUAUGAAAAAAAAAACUCACUUCAGGUAGUUUACGAACACUGAUACAGGCUUACAAAAUAAUCACAAGUCUUCCAUAGCUUUUCUGUCAGUUUCUGCCCACUGUGUAUUCUUGAAAAGAAAGCAAUAACCUGUUUGAAAGUCGAAGUGGUGUGUUGGUAUCAUCAAGGCUAUUGAAAUAUCAACCUGUCAUGUAUCAAGCAAACUAAAUGUCAGGGAGCUAUUGAAUUGAAAUAGGACCAGGAUAGUUUGAUAUUGAUUUUUAUUUUUUAUAUAUUUUUUUUGACAGGUUGACUUUCUCUUUAAAAAAAAAAAAAAUUAAGUGGUGUUGCUUGGAGACUCAUUAAACUCUAGUGGUAGUAGACUGUAACACAGAAACUGAGCAUGUAAUUAAAGUCAUCUAAACUCAGUGGCACUGUUCAGAGUUGCACCUCCAACUGAGUCAAAUAAUGAAAGGGAUUUUGGGGCCGUAUCGCCACUGUUUGAGAGCUGGCUAUCUGUUGGCAUGUUGAGGUUCACUGAUCUCCCCUGGAUCCUCAGGCACCACUGUAGUUGUAGUUCAGGAUCAGAGGGAAAGUUUAUAGUCCAGCUAUUGUUCCUUCUCCCUUUUCUAAUUCCUUAAACUCUGCACUAGAACAUCUCUGGCUCGUAUUUAUUUGGUAACAAGGCAAAAAAAAAAAAAAAGAAACAAACAUAGAACUCAGGGUAUUAAAUGUUAACAGUGGUAUAAUUGGACAUGCAUCCCAUGUCCAUAGUAUAAUUCUGCACUUCUCUUCAGGUGGGGAAAGUCAGUCAGUGGUCCCCAAACAUUCUGCCUCAAGGUCUGAAUGAGCCUUUACUUUCCACAGAGCUGAAACUUGAGGCCCACUGGAGACCAUGAACUGAACCAUGACAGCAGAAAUGUUCCAGCUCCUGUUUUGUCCACUCUACACACAACCUCACAACCCAACUGUGAACCUCAAAACUCUACUGUUUUGUACAACUAUGAAGUAAAUGAAGCUAGCUAGAGCUGACGUAUCUAUUGCCAUUUAUGAGUUUAUUUUAUAGCAUGAAAUAAAUAUAUUUAUUCAAAUGAUAUAUUUUAAUCAUAAUCAUUCUGUGCUGCUUCAUUUUGGUUCUUAAGCUUGUAAAUUGCCUUUUUAUUAUAUGAAAAAUGCCCAUAGAAUUAUGCGUUUGUAAAAUAAAGACGCUAAUUUGG